AUGGAUGAUCGGUUAGUUCAAUUCUCUGAGAAACAGCCGCGCAGCAAAUUAGCAAGACUUGCAGGAAGAGAAAGCGAGCUUGCGUCCACAGCAGUGCUCAGCUUGAGCGGUGGAAAUUCAUAUUCCAUUACAUUAUGAUCUAUAACGUUUAACGUCCACUACGGGGUAGCAGUUUCCAGAGCUUUCACCAUAUUUGUCCAUGUGUCGGGCCCAUGGACCUCUGGAUCGAUCCACUUUGUUGCGCCAGGGUACGGGAAAAUACAGCGUUCCGGCUGCGUUACCUUGCCUUCCACGACUCAGCUCCUGCGCGUGUUCCGCCUAAGGGUCACCUUCCUCGGGUGUGCUGAGAGGCAAAACUUCGAGCCUCUUGAUGCACUUGGAGCAGUGCCUCAGCUUAUCUGCCAGAGUUAAAUAGUUAUUGCUGUACAGAAGUUCUCAGAAGAAAACCUAGCCCCAUCAAUAAAAUUGCUUGAGGAAGAGAAAAUUAGCGGAGCUAAUUUCGCUCGAACCGAAUGCCAUUUUAUUUAUGGAAAUUCAUAUUCCAAAAGCCAAUUCAAAUCCUUAUACAAGAUCGACUUGAAAAAAGAACUUGAAGAAUGGGAUCUUCCAUUCGCACAAACUCGCAAUCGUCCUACUGGAGCCCAGCUGACAUCGACCAAGCUUCCACCAAUCCAAGCUGAGGCCUCCCAAGAAAGCGAAGAAGAAGACUUGCAAGGCCAAGAAGAAGAAUUCAAUGUCCAGUCCCUGCAGAAACUGUUCAACAAGUCAAAAAAGUCCAGAACUUCUCUGACCUCAGGAGCACAAGAAACUCUAUUUGUAGAUAGAGAAAGUUAUAUUAUUUUUAAGGUAAAUUAGCUAUAUUUUAGUAUAAGAAAUAAUUUUUUUUUUUUUUAUUCUGAAGGAGAAUAUUUUUAAAGAGCUUAAAAAAAUCAGGACAGGAGAAGAUGCAAUUUCGUUUUUCGCGAAAAAUGGCAACACAACACCAGUUAAAUUUCUCUACUGCAACCGAGCUUCAGAAAUAAGUAAAACUUUUAGACCUUAUGACUUGUUGGUGGUCCCUGAAAAAGAAAUCCAUGCUGAAUAUUUUACCAUUUCAGCUCAAGGUGUUGUCCAUGUGAUGCCUAAAAACAGUGAUGGCUCAGCAACUACGUUUUAUUCACUUGCAGAUUGAAUGCAUCAAAGUAUACAAUUUUGAUUCAUUUUAAUCCCUAUAGUCCUUACUAAGUCUUGCUUUAUGUAAAAAUAAAGGAAUUUGCAAGAAAUUUAAUGGUAAAACUAUCAAAAAAUGCAUAAAAUGUUCAACCUCUUAACAAGCAUGAAAUUUUUCAAGCACUAUCUGAUUGGGAAAAUAUUUCUUUUGUGGAGAGGGAACGUAAGAUAUCGGCACUACCGCGCCACGAGAAACCACCUAAAGCACUGGAUGUUCUUCGCAAAGCCUGUAUUUGUAGAAAGUUUUCCUAAAGUUAAUGAGCUUCUUUACAAUAUGACGAAUACUCAUCUUUUGGAGUUUAAAGACACAAAACCGCUAGAAAUCGGGGCAUAUGCAGACCACCAAAGAGACGAAAGAACAGAAGUGAAAAAAGAGUUCGAGACCACAGUUGAAAAAUUGAUCACUGAGUGCGAAACUGUCUGUCAAGCUGUCAGAGAUAGCGCAAUUUUGCCUGAUCUUGAAGAUAUGGACCCAGCAAAGCUAGGGCAGAGAAAUAAGAAAAAAUCAAUGGUCCAGCAAAAAUUAGAAGAACAAGAAAGAAGGCAUAAGCUGAACUUAGCUGAAGAACACCGAGGAAUGCUAGGGUAUUUUAUAAGACUUAUUGACUACAUGACAAUAGAAACCUUAGUCACCUUAAUUCAAGACAGGGUCAAAAAGUUCUUCGACACCUUAAUAGAAAGAAAAAACAAGAUCUUCAUCACAACAGUCAGCUAUGGCAAAGACUGCAUGAUUUUUAUCCCAAAUAAAGACGAAUUCAAAGAAAUUUUUGAAAGCAUUGUGGAAAACAUGAUAAGCGACAUCAACGGAAUCACACGACUAAUCUAUCAUUUCGACGAAAUUGUGGCAUCAGAGCACAUCACUCAUUUCCCACAGGCAGAAGAAAUAAUAAAAAAUUCAGAAAUUUUUUUGGAAAAUGUAAAUCUGAUAAUGGCAAAAAUCCAAGCUGAUUUUGAAGAGUCCAAAAUUUAUGUGGACAACACCUUUGAGAAGGCCCGACAUGUAAACGAUUAUGUGGAGACUUGGAAUUUUGAUAUUUAUAAGUCAGAAGGGCACACUGUUCAAGCAAUUAAAGAUGAAUUAAAUAAACUUAAAGAGUGGACCAAUAAAGAUGUCGUCAAUUAUGUCCCAAAUACCAGCUAUAAAGGAAUUCUGCAAAUAGAAGGGAAAAAAGUCAAGCAGCACUUAAAUUCUUCUCUAACUAAAGCUCAAGAAGACUUAAAAAGUUACUUAAAUAGUAUGGCUAUCGACAAAGCGUCCUCAUCAAUUUCUACUCUUGGUGACAUCCAAGACCGCUUAAAAGAUACCCCAUCCAAUCUCUCUCAAUUUGUCUCUUACUUUGAAUACCUCCGCCAAAGCGAAGUCAUCAUCAAAAACAUUGAAGCUUCCAAAUAUGAGCUCGACGAAAUCGAAAAAAUCUUAAAAAGAGAAAAAGGCCCCGAAGUCGUCCACACCUCCCAACAAAUUGCAGAAGUCGACAGAAAAAGCAAAAACGCCCAAGUCGCGAUUAAAGCAGGAAAUGAAUUUGUAGACCAAAAAAGGCCUGAUAUGGAGAAAAAACUUGUGAAUAGAAUUGAAAAAAUGAAAGUGAUGCUGACUGAAGAGCUUUCUAAACGGCUAGAUGAAGGAGCUAUUAUUGUGGUAGACGCGACGCCUGCAGAAGCUUUACUUGAGCUCAAAAAAAUUGAGCAAAAAUUAAAGAAAUGUGAAGCCAAUGCAGAAAAAUUCAAGCAUUAUCAAGACGUGUUUCAGACAGGAUCUACCAAAAUUAAAGAACUUGAAGAGGUACAGAACAAGUUCCAAACCAAACAAAAACUCUGGACUAUGAGAAAAGACUGGAACGAGUUCAAUUCAAAACUAAUGCACGAUGACUUUUUAAGCUUAGAAAGUGAUAUCAGAAGGACUGUCACGAAAUUUGACAAAGAAGUAGGAGGCUUGAAAGGAAACCUUAUGAUGACCAAUAAAGAAGCCAAAGAUUUAGUACUGGAAGACCUUUAUGGAAAAGUCAAAAAAGUAGCAAAUAUGGUCCCGAUAAUAGAAGAGCUUAGCAUUGAAGCUCUUAAAGCUAGACAUUGGACCAAGAUUUUUGACGCCUUGCCUGCAGAUGUACAAUAUGUAGAGGGAAGACCUUUUUGCUUGUCAGAACUGCUGGAGUGGGGAGUUUUAGAUAUCAGAGAUAAGGUAGAAGAAAUAUCUUCGACUGCAGCAGGAGAGUUCAGCUUAGAAACGACAUUAAAAGAAAUCAAGGAUAAAUGGGAGCAAACUCUUUUUACGCUUAACAACUAUAGAGAACAGAAAGACAAGUUCUAUAUCACUCAGGUAGAAGAUAUUUUAACUCAGCUUGAAGACCACCAAGUUUCUGUCCAAACUAUGCUAGGCAACCGACACGCAACUGAAAUCAGGUCAAGUAUAGAGGAAUGGGACAAAAAGCUGCGAACUGUCCAAGAUGUCAUUGACGAGUGGCUUGCUUGCCAAAAACAAUGAAUGUAUUUAGAAAACAUUUUUAGUGCUCCUGACAUUCAAAAGCAGCUUCCUAGAGAAACCACAAAGUUCCAAGGCGUCGACAGAUUUUGGAGAGACCUUAUGAUGAGAACUAACAAAAAUCCUAGUGUCAUUGAAGCUUGUUUAGCUGAAGGACUUUUAGAGAAAUUCUUAAAAAACAAUAAAGUGUUAGAAGAAAUCAAAAAAUCGCUCGAUGAGUAUUUAGAAAGCAAAAGACUCGCUUUCCCCAGGUUCUAUUUCUUAGCUGAUGAAGAGCUGCUUGAAAUUUUAAGUCAAACUAGAAACCCACGAAAAGUCCAAGACCACUUAAGAAAAUGCUUUGACAAUAUGGACAAAAUUGUUUUCAAAGAAGAAAAAGAAAGCUUAAGCGUAGUCGGCAUGAUUAGUGGAGAAAAUGAACAAUGCCAGUUCUCAAGCCCAGUCAUCCCUGAAGGCAAUGUAGAGCAUUGGCUAACCAAUAUUGAAGCCAUGAUGAGGCUGACUUUAUAUGACCUUACCAAAAAAGCUUUCCAAAUUUAUCCUCACGAUGCCCUUCACAGAAAACAAUGGUUCUUUGACUGCAAUUUGCCAGCCCAAAGCCUUUUGGUGGUUGAUCAAAUAAUGUGGACUUUUUUUGCCACUCAAGCUAUUGAUAACGUUGAGCACGAAAGGAACCCUAACGCCAUCAAAGAGUUCUACGAGUUUUGCAGACUCCAAAUCAAUGACUCAGUCACAAUUGUAAGAGAUGACCUUCAAUAUCUAGAAAGAACCCUGAUGGGCGCACUUAUUGUCCUGGAUGUGCACGGCAGAGAUGUCAUUGGGAAUUUAAUUUCAAAUAAAGUCAAAAGUGUGUGGGAUUUCGAAUGGAGCAAACAACUGAGAUAUUAUUGGGAAGCUGACGUUGAUAACUGCAUUGUUAGGCAGACUAAUGCCAGAUUUACUUAUGCUUAUGAAUAUUUAGGAAAUGGCCCAAGACUUGUGAUUACUCCUCUUACUGAUAAAUGCUACUUAACCUUGACAGGCGCUUUACAUUUGUUCUAUGGAGGAGCUCCACAAGGCCCUGCAGGGACUGGUAAAACAGAGACUACAAAAGAUCUUGGCAAAGCUUUAGCAAUCCAAUGUGUCGUCUUCAACUGCUCUGAUGGUCUUGACGUCAACAUUAUGGCUAGAUUUUUCUCUGGUUUAGCCCAAGCUGGCGCUUGGUCUUGUUUUGAUGAAUUUAACAGAAUUGACAUAGAAGUGCUUUCUGUCAUUGCCCAACAAAUUCUCACGAUUCAGCACGCCGUCAGAAAUAACCAAGACGAAUUCGAGUUCUUUGGAAGGCUGCUUAAGCUUGACCGCAGGUUUGGGGUUUUUAUCACUAUGAAUCCUGGGUAUGCUGGCAGAACAGAGCUCCCUGACAACUUAAAAGCCCUUUUCAGGCCAGUGGCUAUGAUGAUUCCUGACUAUGCAAUGAUUGCAGAAAUUAUCCUUUUCUCUGAAGGUUUUGAAAACGCCAGAAACUUACUCCCCCCCUCCGUGAGUGAACAAAACCAUUAGAAAAAUCGCUAUUUUUUGCCCAAAAAACCCACCCUCCGCGAGUGAACAAAAAUCUUUUUAAUAGAAAAAUUUUUUAUGGAAAAAAAAAUUGAUAUAUAAAUGAUAACUAGUAUAAAGAAAUCUAGAGCUAAUUCUGUUUAAUUUUAAACGAAUUGCCUUUUAAAACAUAAAUUUUAUAGAUUAAAUUAAUAUUUGCUUUCCAAUUUUUGCGAAUUAGGAUUUUUUUAAAAUUUCGAAAAAAAAAAUAAUUUUUAUAAAAUUUAUAUAUAAAUUUUUUUAAAAAAAACAAAUUAACCCCCCUCCGUGAGUGAACAAAAUUUUUUUUGUUCACUCACGGAGGGGGGGGGAGUUAGCAAGAAAAAUGGUUCAGCUCUAUAAGCUAGCCUCAGAGCAGCUGUCAAAACAAGACCAUUAUGAUUUUGGUAUGAGAGCAGUUAAAAGUGUCCUAGUCAUGGCUGGACAGCUGAGAAGGAAAAACCCUGAUUUGUCAGAAGAUGUCGUACUUAUUAGAGCUAUGAGAGACUCUAACGUCCCAAAGUUCUUGGAGCAAGAUUUGCCACUAUUCAGAGGGAUCAUUGCAGAUCUGUUUCCACAAGUAAAAGUCCCUUAUGUAGACUAUGGGUCUUUAGAAAGAGCUAUAAGAGAACAGCUUACCAAACAAGGGUAUAUGCAGCCUGACAGUUUUGUGCUCAAAGUAAUCCAGCUAUUCGAAACUAUGCUUGUAAGACAUGGAAAUAUGAUUGUAGGCCCCGCUUCUACAGGCAAAACCACUAUUUAUAAAACCUUAGCAAGAGCUUUGACGCAGCUAUUUAAAGAGGAAGAAGAAGACGAAAGCCUUAAAAAAGACCCUUCACAUCAGAAAAUCUUUUACUAUCCUUUAAAUCCUAAAUCUAUCAGUAUGGGAGAACUAUAUGGUCAAACAAAUUUGACUGGAGAUUUUACUGACGGAAUUGUCCCUAUUCUUGUAAGGGCUGCGAAGGCUGAUGGCACACCAGCCAAGAAAUGGAUUGUGUUUGACGGGCCUGUAGACUCUCUUUGGAUCGAAAGUAUGAAUACUGUGCUUGACGACAACAAAAUGCUUUGUCUUGUGAGUGGAGAAAGAAUUAAACUUCCUGAUACCAUUACUAUGCUUUUUGAGGUACAAGAUCUAGCUCAAGCUUCACCUGCUACUGUUAGCAGAUGUGGUAUGGUUUAUAUUGAUCCUGUUCAUCUAGGCUGGCAGCCUCUAAUAGAGUCCUGGGCAAUUGGCUUCAAAACUCAGCUUCCUACUCUUGCAGACCACGUUAUCCAAAAUACCAGAAAACUCAUAGAAAGCCUGCUGCCAUUCGUAAGAAGUGACUGCAAAGAAGAAGUUCCUUCAAUGAACGCCAAUUUGGUCUCAUCUUGUUUAAAGCUGAUAAGCGCUUUAUUAAAGCAAGAAUUAAUAGCAAAAAAACGCCCAGAUGACGCAGAAACUCUUACUAACUUGUAUAUGAUUUUUGCAGUGACUUGGACUCUUGGUGCAAACUUGAACGAUCAAAGCAGGAUGCUGUUUGAUAAAAAAAUGAGAUUUGAAAUGGAAAGGCUUUAUAGGAAUUUCCCAUACCAAAGCACUGUGUAUGAUUACUGCAUUGAUGAUGAUAUGGUGGAGUUUGUGCUAUGGGAAGCAAGGGUUCCUUCAUUUAACUAUAACGUAAAUCAGCCAUUUUUCUCAAUUUUAGUACCCACUGUGGAUACUGUAAGGGACAGAUUUUUACUUGAAGUUCUUGCCAAAAAUCAAUGCCAUAUUUUAUUCACUGGAAAUACAGGGGUUGGAAAAACAGUCAUUAUAAAGGAUUAUCUGAACUCUACAGAAAAUGAAUGGUUUGUGUCAACUGUAAUUAACUGCUCAGCACAGACUUCUACCCAUAAUCUUAAUGAUAUUUUUGAAGACAAGCUGACGAAGCCAAAGAAAAAGCUUAGAAGGCCUCCAAUUGGCAAAAAAAUGAUCAUGUUUGUGGAUGAUGUCAAUAUGCCAGCACUUGACAGAUAUGGCUCACAGCCUCCAGUUGAGCUUUUAAGGCAAAUAAUAGAAGGAGGGUAUUAUGAUCUUAAAAAAUUCUUCUUCAAGAACGUAGAAGACGUUAUCUUUGUAGCAAGCUGUGCACCCCCAGGAGGUGGCAGAAAUGCUGUUACUCCUCGAUUUUUCAGGCAUUUUAAUAUGGUAUGGCAGACCCAGCUGUCUCAACAGUCUAUGGAAACCAUUUUUGCAUCAAUUCUUCGUGGAUUUUUAGAUGAAAACCCUGAUGAAAAUUUAUCAGACUAUGCAGACCCAAUCGUAAAAGCCAGUGUCGAAAAUUACCUUAAAAUCUGCAAUGACUUAUUACCUACUCCAAGCAAGAGCCAUUAUACAUUUAACUUAAGAGAUCUCAGCAAGGUUAUCCAAGGUAUACUUAUGAUCCGCUACGAAAACCUAAUUCCCUCUUCCUUGAGCGAGCAAUUCGCUGAAGCAAGGGGUUGAAUUUUUUUUUAGAAAUUUAUAUAUAUAAAGUUUAUAGUAAUUUUUUAUCGAAAUUUAAAAAAUUCGCAAAAAAUGGAAAACAAAAAUUAAUUUAAUUUGUAAAAUUUAUAUUUUAAACAUACAAAAACCAUUUAAUAUUCAACAGAAUUAGCUUGAGAUUUCAUUAUACUGGCUAUCACUUAUAUAUCAAAUAUUUUUUGUUCACUCAUUGAGGGUGGGUUUUUGGCCGAAAAAUAGGGAUUUUCCCAACAGUUUGUUCUCUUAUGAAUUUGGGGAAUUAAGAGACCUCAAUACUUUAGUCCUGCUUUGGCUUCAUGAGAGCUGCAGAGUUUUUCGAGAUAGGCUGGUCGAUGAAAAAGACAGAAAUUGGUUUAACGACGAACUUGAACGUAAAAUGAAAAUUCACUUAAACAGCGAAAUUCCCAGAAAAGAGUGGGCAGAUAUCAUUUUUGGUGACAUAAUGAGUGGCCCAUCUAAAGAAUAUAAGCAAAUUGAUAACAACGAGCAGCUGCUGCAAAAGCUUGAUUUUGAUUUAGAAAGAUAUAAUGCUGAGUUUUCUAAUAGGAUGAACUUGGUUUUCUUUAAAGACGCAAUUAACCAUUUGACAAGAAUCAGCAGAAUUUUGAAACAGCCUAGAGGAAAUGCUCUACUAGUCGGUGUAGGUGGAAGUGGCAGACAGUCUUUGGCAAGGCUAGCUUCUUCUAUGGCAGGCUAUAAGCCGUUUUCUAUUGAAAUUACCCGUAUUUAUGGAACAGCCCAGUUCCAUGACGACUUAAAAGUCCUUUUGAAAUCAGCAGGCGGAGAAGACGACCAGAUAGCUUUCAUUUUUAGCGACACACAAAUUGUGAAAGAGUCCUUCUUAGAAGAUAUCAAUAAUAUUCUAAACACAGGAGAAGUCCCUAAUCUUUAUGACCCUGGAGAGCUGCAAGAAAUAAUGGACUUGGUCAGGCCUAAAGCCAAAGAAGCAGGCAAAGCUGAUCUCCCAGACAUCAUUAUGCAGCAUUAUGUGCAGCUUUGUCGAGACAAUUUGCAUAUAAUUUUAGCUUUCAGCCCAGUCGGAGAGCAGUUUAGGGUGCGAUGCAGACAGUUCCCAUCAAUUAUAAACUGCUGUACAAUUGAUUGGUAUGACCCAUGGCCAGUUGACGCCUUGACUUCAGUCGCAGAACGAUUUUUCAAAGAAAAUGAACACUUAGGUAUAAAAGACCUCAAAGAUCAGCUCUGCAAGAUCUGUGUGGAUAUCCACCAAACAGUAACUCGUGAGUCACGCAACUUUGAAAUGGAAUUAAGAAGGAAAAACUAUACAACCCCUACCUCAUAUUUAGAGCUCAUCAAAUUAUACCUAGACAUGCUCACUCUUCAACAGAAAAAAGUUCCAGAAAAAAUCAAUAAAUAUGUGACUGGGCUCAAAAGACUUAAAGAAACCAACCAAAUGGUGGCUGAGCUGCAGAUCCAGCAAGGAGAAUUAAAAGAAGUCUUAAAGGAAAGAUCAAUAGAAAACGAAAAAUUACAGGUCGAGCUACAAGUAAAGCAAGCUGAUGCUAAAAUAAAAGAAGAAUCCUGCUCAAAAGAUGAAGCUGAGUGUGCAGCGACUAUGAAAGAAGUCUCAGAAAUCAAAGAUGAGUGCCAAAAAGACCUUGACGAAGCCUUGCCUGUGCUAAGAGCUGCAAACUCUGCAUUAGAAAAACUUGAGAAAAAAGAUAUCGUCGAAGUAAAAAGCUACAUCAAGCCCCAUCCAGCUAUAGAAAAAGUCAUGAAUGCCGUCUGUUUACUAUUCGGAGAAAAACAAAGCUGGGAUUCUGCCAAAAAGCUGCUCAAUGAUAUCAACUUUUUAAACAACUGCGUCAACUUCCCGAAAGACAAUAUUUCUGCACAAACUCUGAGAAAACUGUCUAUUUAUAUAGAUGAUCAAGAGUUCAACCGACAAUUUGUGGAGUCCAAAUCAAUUGCUGCUGCUUCUUUAUGUGAAUGGGUUUGUGCGCUAGAUAAAUAUGCAAAAAUCGCUAAAAAUGUGGAACCAAAGAGACAAAGACUGGCACAGGCUGAGUCAAACUUAAAGAAAGCCCAAGAUGAGCUUUUCCAAAAACAGUCAGCGCUAAGGACAGUCCAAAAAGAAGUCCAAGAUUUAGAAAAUAACUUUGCGAAUAGUAUUAAGAAAGGAGAAGAAUUAAGGAUGAAAAGCCAGCUGACUGAAGCAAGACUUAUUAGAGCUGAAAAACUUGUAUCAGGGCUUAGCAGUGAAAGCCAAAGGUGGAGUGAGUCUGCAAAGCUACUUGAGGCAGACUUGAAAAAUCUGAUAGGAAAUAUUAUGCUGUCUGCUGGCUUUGUAGCGUAUUUGGGACCAUUUACAUUGAAUUACAGACAAAGGCUGCUUGAAAAGUGGAUCAGGACUUCUCAGACCCAAAGAGUCCCUGUGGCUUCUAACUUUUCGCUUGAUAGAGUCCUAGCUGAUCCUGUAGAAGUAAGAGAAUGAACCUUAGCAGGUCUGCCAGCUGAUAAACUUUCUUUAGACAAUGCAAUUAUUGUUACCAGGAGCAGAAGGUGGCCGCUUAUUAUUGACCCUCAAGGUCAAGCAAACCAUUGGAUAAAAUCAAUGGACAGAGAAACCUUAAAAGUCAUAAAAUUCUCUGAGUCAAACUUCUUGAAAACUUUGGAAAAUGGCAUCAGAUUUGGCAAUCCUAUUCUCCUUGAAAGUGUCGAAGAAAAGCUUGACCCAAGUAUUGACCCUGUCUUGCAGAAACAAGUAGUCAAAAAAGGCGGCCAAAUGGUCUUAAGGCUUGGCGACCAAGACGUCCCUUAUUCUCCUGACUUCAGAUUUUAUAUGACUUCUAAGCUGUCCAACCCUCACUAUUUGCCAGAAAUCUGCAUCAAAGUGACUGUCAUUAACUUUACAGUCACUCUGCAAGGGCUAGAAGACCAGCUAUUAGUUGAUGUCGUUAAGGCAGAAAAACCAGACCUAGAAGAGCUUAAAAACAAGCUGAUUGUCCAAAUUUCCAGUGACAAAGAUAUGCUUCAGGAGUUAGAAGACAAAAUCUUGACAAUGAUUUCCAAGGCAAGUGGCGAUAUUUUGGACGACGAAGUCCUUAUAGAAACUUUAGCUGCAAGCAAAAAGACUAGUGAAGUUAUCCAUGUCAGAAUGGCUGAGUCUGAAGAAACUGCUAAAAGCAUUGACGCUGCAAGAGAAGAAUAUAGAGUUGUAGCUGAGCGUGGGUCAAUUCUUUACUUUGUGAUCGCAGAUAUGGGACUAGUUGACCCUAUGUAUCAGUAUUCUUUAGACUUCUUUAGCAAAUUGUUUAAUAUGAGGCUUGUGAAAUCACAGAAGAGUGAUAUUGUUAGUGUUAGACUCAAUAUACUUGUAGAUGAUAUUACAAGAGCUUUCUAUUUGAAUAUAUGUAGAGGACUUUUUGAGAAGGAAAAACUGCUUUAUUCGUUCUUGAAUACUGUCAGGAUUUCACUUAAGGCCGGAAAAAUUAGGCAGGAAGAGUUCGCUUACUUCUUGAGAGGAAUUGAAGAUACUGAAGGAGAACCAUUAGAAGCAGGAGGUCUAAAUAUUGAUAAAAACACAUGGGCUGCUAUCAAAGGGCUUGAAAAUGUCCAUGAAAACUUUAUUGGGAUUAUUAAGUCAUUUGAAACCUCGCCUGAGAAAUGGAAACCGCUAUUUGUAAGCGAUAAGCCACAAUAAUAAAAUGGCUAUGUACGGAAAUGGCUGUCUCGAGAGCCCUUCCUCCUCUACUAUAUUUAUUAUUAUAGGGUCAAACUUUCCAGGUGGAUCUUUAUUUACUAUGCCGAUAUGGAAUUAUCGUAUAGGGUAUUCGGUGGUCCAAGGUGUGAGUUAAAAGAGUGGGCUUAUGCCUGCCUAAAUCAUCCUGCUGAAGGAAGAACGCACUUUAAAAUCUAAAAUUAGCAGUAUUAAGUGAUAACCCAUUUAAAGAAAAAUUGCCAUCCCCAUAUGAAGCUUCUCUUUCCCUAUUCCAAAAAUUAUUAAUUGGCAGCAUCAUUAAAGAUGAAAAGCUUGUCCAAGGAAUCAAAGUUUAUGUAUCACAAGAGCUUGGCCAAUUUUUCAUUGAAUCACCACCUUUUGACCUUAAAGGUGCUUUUGAGGACUCUAACUGUACAACACCUAUUAUCUUUAUUUUAAGCCCUGGAGCUGAUCCUAUAAGCGAUUUGCUGAAACUUGCGGCUGAUAAUGAAAUGGAUGGGAGAUUUAGAAUGCUUUCCUUAGGUCAAGGACAAGGGAAAUCAGCUGAAAAACUUAUAGAUAAUGGAAGAAGAAAUGGAGACUGGGUCUGUUUGCAAAACUGUCACUUGGCGGCUUCGUGGAUGCCUGAGCUUGAAAGAAUCCAAGAGCAACAAGUAGAAGGUGACCUACAUCCUGAGUAUAGGCUUUGGCUUACUUCUAUGCCAAGCACUAAAUUCCCUGUACCUGUGCUACAAAGUGGCAUCAAAUUAACUAAUGAGCCACCAAAAGGACUUCGCGCCAACCUCGGUAGGACCUAUCAAGAUGUAAAAGUCGAAAACUUUGAAGGCUGUUCAAAAUCCUAUGAAUACAAAAGACUGCUUUUUGCUUUAGCCUUUUUCCAUGCAGUUAUUUUAGAAAGGCGAAAAUUCGGCGCUAUAGGCUGGAAUAUUCCUUAUGAAUGGAUGACCUCAGAUUUCGUAACAAGCAAUGCUCAGCUGUUUAUGUAUCUAAAUGAGCAAGCACUUGUGCCAUAUGGAACGCUAAAAGUGCUAGUCGCUGAAGUAAAUUAUGGUGGAAGAGUUACUGAUGACAAAGAUGUGAGGCUAAUUAAAGCAUUGCUCGACGUUUAUUUCACUCCUGAUGUAAUGAACCCAGCCUAUACUUUUUCAUCGUCUGGGACCUUUAGGCUGCCAACUGCUGAGACAUUAGAUGAAUUUAAAGAAUACAUAAGAGGACUUCCUCUUGAAGAAGACCCUGAGAUUUUUGGCUUGCACUCUAAUGCAAAUAUCACAUUUAAUAGAAAAACUGUUAAGGAAUUCAGGGAAACCAUCACACUUAUACAUCCCAAACUCUCAAGUGCAGGAACUGGAAAAAGCUCAGAUGAUAUUGUUAAUGAAAUUGCUGCUGAAAUUGAAGAGAAAUGCCCUAUGCCAAUGGAUGCAGAAAAAGACCAACACCCAGACACCUUUGCUAAGAAUGACCAAGGAGCUAUAAACUCAUUAGGUGUAUUUGUAGGGCAAGAAAUUUACCGAUUUAAUAAACUACUGAGAGUCAUGAGGCAUACACUUGUACAAUUGCAAAAAGCUAUCAGAGGAGAUGUAGUCAUGGGCCAAGACCUGGAAAGGAUGUAUAACAGCUUUUUAAACCAAAGAGUCCCUGAUUUGUGGACUGAUCAAGCUUAUCCAUCUCUGAAACCGCUUGGGUCAUGGGUUAGAGAUCUAAUUCAGCGUGUAGAGUUCAUUCAUGACUGGCUCACUAAUGGCCCAAGACCAUCAUAUUGGCUUUCAGCUUUCUUUUUCCCACAAGGCUUUAUGACAUCAGCUUUACAAAUGUACGCAAGAAAGACACAGACCCCAAUUGAUACUUUAAGGUUCAAAACAGAAAUUUUAGGCAAAACCCAUCAUGAAGUCAAAGAAAUGCCGGAAAAUGGGGUUAAUAUACAUGGACUUUUCUUACAAGGGGCUAAGUGGGACUGGAGAAGAGAAAGACUUGAUGAAAGCGACCCAGGAGCCUUGUUCACAGAAAUGCCAGUAAUAUGGCUAGAGCCGAUUACAUUGGAUGUAGAAGUUAAAACACUUGUAUACCAGUCUCCGCUGUACAAGACGUCGCUAAGAGCAGGAGAAUUAAGCACAACUGGGCACUCUACAAACUUUGUGCUGUUUUUGGAGCUUCCGACUACUUUGGAGCCUGUGCAUUGGAUUCGAAGAGGAGUUGCACUACUUUGCCAGCUUGAUGAUUAA